GGCUCCGGGCGGGCACCGGGCAGCGCUGCCCCGCCGGUCCCCGCGCCCGGCACGGGAGCGGCCAAAACCCCAGCCUGGCCAGGGGCUCGGUGCAGUGAGGCGCUUCCCUCGUGCGCGCUCGCAUGGGCAGGGAGAGGAGCUGUCCCCUGGAGAGCGCAGCAUCUUCCCUCUCCUACUUGAGCGGACACCCGUGAGCGCUGGCAGCAGCGAGGGGCUGUCGCUUUUGGGAUGAGCGGGCAGGACUGAGAAGAUUUUGCUUGCUGUAGGAGCCAGAGAGGCUUGGAUUUGUCCGAGGGAAAUGCUGCAGCAUGAACCCACCGCCGCCUAGAGAGACGGGCUCGCACCGCCCCGGCGCCGCUGCCUGAGCCAGCCCCGGAGCACCGUCCGGCCGGGAGCCCGCACCGGGAGCAGCCCAGCCCAGCCCAGCCCCGCAGCGCCCGGCCCCGGCGGGAUGCGCUCGCCGCCGCCUUCAUGCCGGCAGGGGGGACGCUGAACCGCCGCUCCGCCCGGCCCGGAGCCACCCACGUGCGGUCCCCGGUGAAGGCGGCCGGUGGUGCCCAGGGCGGGCCCCGCUGAGCGUUUGGCCGCAGGAGCCAGCGGCAGCCCCCGGCGUGGCAGCGGGUCCCGCCCGGCGGCCGCGAUCCGGUGCCCCAUGGUGGUGCUGCGGAAGCUGCCGGGCAUGCCGGGCUGGCCGGCGGCGCUGGGGCUGCGGCUGCCGCAGAAGUUCCUGUUCCUGCUCUUCCUCUCGGGCCUGCUCACGCUCUGCUUCGGGGCCCUGUUCCUCCUGCCCGAUUCCUCCCGCUUCAAGCGUCUCUUCCUACCCCGCCGGGCCACCGCCUCCGCCUCCUCUUCAUCCUCCGCCUCCUCGUCCUCAGCCUCCUCCUCCUCCACCCGCGACACCGACCUGCCCCGCAGCCCCCCCGCCGCCGCCGAGCCCCGCCACGCCAGCCCCGCGGCCCCGCGCCGCCUGCGGGAGAAGCUCCGCACGGCCGCCCGCAUGGCCGGGCCGCCGGCCCGCACCGCGCCCGGCUCCCGGCAGCAGGUGCAGGGCGGCGAGAGCCGAGCCCAGCCCGCCAGCGCCGCGCCCCCGGCCCGGGAGACGCGGGCCCCGUUCCGCUUCGACUACGAGCGGUUCCGCCGGAGCCUCCGGCACCCGGUGCGGGGCGGGCGGAGCGGAGAGGACCCCGAGACCCGCGCCCGCAGGAUGAAGAUCAAAGAGAUGAUGAAGUUUGCCUGGGAUAACUACAAGCAGUACGCCCUGGGGAAGAACGAGCUGCGCCCGCUGACCAAGAACGGCCACAUCGGGAACAUGUUUGACCCCUGCAAACAGCACCACAAGUUCUUGCAGAACUCAGCAUUCUUCCAGGCCAGUGGAAAUGGAGGCCUUCGAGGAGCAACUGUGAUCGAUGCCUUAGAUACCCUGUACAUCAUGGAGCUCGAGGAGGAAUUCCAGGAAGCCAAGCAGUGGGUGGAGAAGAGCUUUGACUUGAACGUGAAUGGAGAAGCUUCCCUGUUCGAGGUGAACAUCCGCUACAUCGGGGGGCUCCUGGCCGCCUACUACCUGACUGGAGAGGAGGUGUUCAAGAGCAAAGCCCUGGAACUUGGAGAGAAACUUCUGCCAGCCUUCAACACCCCCACUGGAAUCCCCCGUGGAGUCAUCAACCUGGGCAGUGGCAUGAGCUGGAGCUGGGGCUGGGCAUCUGCUGGCAGCAGCAUCCUGGCAGAGUUUGGGACCCUGCACCUGGAGUUCCUGCACCUCUCCGAGCUCUCUGGCAACCCAGUGUUUGCAGAAAAGGUCAGGAACAUCCGCAGGGUGCUCAGCAGAGUGGAGAAGCCCCAGGGCCUGUACCCCAACUUCCUGAGCCCGGUGACGGGGAGCUGGGUGCAGCACCACGUCUCCAUCGGGGGGCUCGGGGACAGCUUUUAUGAAUAUCUCAUCAAAUCCUGGCUGAUGUCAGACAAGAAGGACUCUGAAGCUAAGAAGAUGUACGACGAUGCCUUGGAGGCAAUAGAAAAGCAUUUGGUGAAAAAGUCUGCAGGAGGCUUGACCUACAUUGCAGAGUGGAGGGGUGGCAUCCUGGAUCACAAGAUGGGCCACCUGGCCUGCUUCUCUGGGGGCAUGAUUGCCCUGGGGGCCCAGCACAGCACGGGGGACAGGAGGCAGAGGCACAUGGAGCUGGCAGCAGAGAUCACCAGCACCUGCCACGAGUCCUACACACGCUCAGACACCAAGCUGGGCCCCGAGGCGUUCCGCUUCGACGCGGGCAGCGAGGCCACGGCCACGCGGCUCAGCGAGCGCUACUACAUCCUGCGGCCCGAGGUGGUGGAGAGCUACAUGUACCUCUGGAGGCUCACCCACCAGCCCAAGUACAGGCACUGGGGCUGGGAGGUGGUCCAGGCCCUGGAGAAGCACUGCAGGGUGGAAGCUGGCUUCUCUGGCAUCCGGGACGUGUACAGCACCACGCCCAGCCACGACAACAUGCAGCAGAGCUUCUUCCUCGCAGAGACCCUGAAGUACCUCUAUCUUCUGUUCUGUGAAGAUGACGUGCUGUCCCUGGAGGAUUGGGUGUUCAACACCGAGGCUCACCCCCUGCCCAUCAACCACACGGACUUGAAAGCAGCAGGGCAGGCCUGAGGCCCUGCCCAGCUCCUGCUCCCCCAGCCUGGGCAGACUCUGCUUUUCCUUUCCAUUGAAGGAAUUCCUGUUGUUCCUGAAAUGGUGUUUGGGGGCACUCGUCCAAUUGCGGACAGGAUUUUCUUGGGAAGAUGAACCAUGACUAAGCACCUUCUUUUCCUCUGUGAGGAGCUCUAUUAGGCUGAUGAUGAGAUGUUUAUUCUGGGCCAUACUGUACACAGUUCAUAGACAUUCCUUUAUACAGAGAAUUUAUAUGAAAUCCACGGAUUUUGCUUUAUAGUGGCCAAAGGACUGGAAGUUUGCCAUAAAAUAGACUUUACACACACACGAACACACACACAUCGUCCUUUCCUUUCUCUGGUUCAUUUCUGCCUUUCAUCUGCUCUUGGAUUUAUCACCUUUCCAGUGGACAGCUCCCAGUGUUCUGGGAUUUCUGGUGCUGGGCUCUGGGGGCUCUGCAGGAGAACGAGGAAGGGGAGUUGUCCUUGGUGUGGGAGAGCAGCUGGAAUUCUUGGGGAUGGCUGAGGAGCCAGCUGAGAGCUCAGGAGUGAAGGGAGGACAGGGAGAGGUGAUGUUCUACUGGGAAAUGAGAGGAUCAGACCCUGCAGACAGGAGCAGCCUCAGGCUGGAAUUUGCAGAUUUCAGGGGGGGACUUGAACCACCCUGAUCCCUGCUGGAGGGGUAACUCAGGAGCAGUUACCCUGGAGUGAUAAAUUCCUCCUGCAAGGGACACAGGAGCCAACAGAGGGGCUCUGCUGAGCCCAGAACAAGAUCUAAGGCUGCAGAGGCUGUGGAUGGUGAGUUCAGGAUCCUGAGGGCAGCAGGGAGGGGGGAAAGCUCCAGCCUGGGCUGCAGCAGAACCCACCUGGACCUCUCCAGAGGGACAGGUGACACAGCCCUGGGGUUCAGGUGACACAGCCCUGAGGGACAGGUGACACAGCCCUGGGGUUCAGUGACACAGCCCUGGGGUUCAGGUGACACAGCUCUGGGGUUCAGUGACACAGCCCUGGGGUUCAGUGACACAGCCCUGGGGUUCAGGUGACACAGCUCUGGGGUUCAGUGACACAGCCCUGGGGCUCAGUGACACAGCCCUGGGGUUCAGUGACACAGCCCUGGGGGACAGGUGACACAGCCCUGGGGCUCAGGUGACACAGCCCUGGGGUUCAGGUGACACAGCCCUGGGGUUCAGUGACACAGCCCUGGGGGACAGGUGACACAGCCCUAAGGGACAGGUGACACAGCCCUGGGGUUCAGUGACACAGCCCUGAGGGACAGGUGACACAGCCCUGGGGGACAGGUGACACAGCCCUGGGGUUCAGGUGACACAGCCCUGGGGUUCAGGUGACACAGCCCUGGGGUUCAGUGACACAGCCCUGGGGUUCAGGUGACCCUGCCUGAGCAGGGACUGGGACAGGGCCACCCCAAAGGUCCCCUUCAGCCUCAGCCAUUCUGUGACUCUGUGGUGUCACAACUGUAACUAAACCAAAAUCCUUGCUCCUGAUGUAUUUUUAUAUACUUUUUUUUUUUCCCCUGUGCUCUUAAAGUACAUUUACCACCCAUCACAUCUCAUUUAACUUUCCUUUUAUUGUUUUUUUGGUGUUUUUCUACUUUUAUUUGGAACUAAAUGUUACGAGUCACUUGUAAUAAUUUUACUGCUGUAAUAGUCAGGUCUGUGAAACAGAAUAAAAGUCUUGUAAAAUAAAAAGCUUGUUGGGGUUGA